GUGUUGAACAAAACGAAUUCAAUAAUAAACCGACUGCGAAUUUCUCUUUUACCGAAAAAAAAAAACACAUUUUUUCUGUCAAAAACAUACUCAUUUUGUUCAUUUCAGAAAUGCAAAGACUUUUUUAUGCAAACACACACAAACGUGUGUCUAUAUAUGUGUGAUUUUAUACAGAUGAGAUGAGCACAGAUUUAGAAAAUUUCGAGCUCCUGCACAAGGUGGCCAACCCCCCCCCCACCCCACCCCACCCCCCAACUACGUACGCGGUUUUCUUGUCACCUUUCCAGUGUUUGUGUAAAAUUUCCUAACUUUAAUCGAAGCCCAGAAAGAAACAAGCAAGAAAAUCGCCAUUAAAAUCCAAUCCCAAGGUGAUUUCCUUGAGUGAAAUAUGCAAGACUUGUGCAGCUUUCACAGUUCAUGCAAAUGGACUGCUCCGAUUUCCUCCUCUCUGCGUUAAAGUUUCGAUUUUUCUGAUUUUCUCCACUGUUUCGAGUGAUGGGCUCGAGCCAAAUCGCCGCCUCCGGCGGCGGCGGGAGCAAGAAUGGGAGUAACGAGAAGUGCGCUCUGUCGCCAGCUUUUGCGUUUUUCUUGUUUUCCUUUGUCGUUUUGGGGUCGAUUGGGAGCCUCUACGCGAGGCUUAUGCUUGCUGCUAACGUGCGCGCGGGGAUCACUGCACGCGGCUGCGAAGAAGACAAUGAGGGCUCGUGGGCUAUUGGCAUUUACUACGGCGACUCCCCCUUUUCUCUUAAACCCAUUGAAGCUAUGAAUAUUUGGAAGGAGAAGACUGCAGCUUGGCCUGUGGCUAAUCCAGUUGUCACUUGUGCCUCACUUUCUGAUUCUGGUUUUCCCAGUAACUUUGUUGCUGACCCUUUUCUUUUUCUUCAGGGCAAUACUCUUUACCUGUUCUACGAAACAAAAAAUUCGAUAACAAUGCAAGGCGACAUCGGAGUUGCACGAAGUGUAGAUAAGGGAGCAACGUGGGAGCAGUUGGGGAUCGCCCUCGAUGAAGAUUGGCAUCUCUCCUAUCCGUAUGUCUUCGAGUACAAUGGAAACAUAUAUAUGAUGCCCGAGGGCAGUGCAAAAGGGGAUCUCCGUCUCUAUCGUGCAACCAACUUCCCUCUGAAAUGGACAUUGGACCGGGUCGUCAUGAAGAAGCCGCUUGUGGAUUCUUUCAUGAUUCCUCAUGAGGGCAAGUACUGGCUUUUUGGUUCCGAUCACAGUGGCAUUGGCACGCGAAAAAACGGGCAGCUGGAGAUCUGGUAUAGCAUCUCGCCUCUCGGUCCGUGGAGACCUCACAAGAAAAACCCGAUAUACAACACGGACAAGAGCGUGGGAGCUCGGAAUGGGGGGAGGCCUUUCGUGUAUAAUGGAAACCUCUACCGUGUAGGUCAAGACUGCGGUGAGACAUACGGGCACCGGAUACGUGUAUUCAAAGUAACCGUUCUAACAACUCUGGAGUUUAGAGAAGUCGAGGUGCCCUUGGGCAUUAACGAGCCAGUUAAGGGACGAAAUUCGUGGAAUGGCGCUCGCAAUCACCACCUUGAUGUGCAGCAGCUCGGCUCCGGUGAGUGGGUUGCAGUUCUAGACGGAGACCGAGUUCCAUCAGGAGAUGCUAUGCAUCGCUUCAUUCUUGGCUCUGCUAUAGUUAUGGCGGUUGCUACGCUCAUCGUGCUCGUUGGAAUGCUUCUCGGAGCUGUGAAGUGUAUCGUGCCUUUGAGUUGGUGCCCCCACGAUAUUGGGAAGAGGAGCGACGGUUUCUUGGCUUGGGAGAGGUCGAAUUUUUUCUCCUCCAAGCUACGGCUCUUCUGCAGCCGCCUGAACAGAGGAUGCUCGUCUCUUCGCGCUAGGAUAAGGCCGCACACGUGGACUGGAACACUCGUCGUGGUUUCAACAGUGUUGAUCGCCACGGUGCUAAUGUGCACCGGAGUUAAGUAUAUAUCCGGAGGGAGCGGCGCGGAGGAGCCGUACGCGGUGGAGGGGCACUACUCGCAGUUCACGCUACUAACGAUGACCUACGAUGCCCGGCUAUGGAAUCUGAAAAUGUACGUAAAGCAUUACUCGAGAUGCGCCUCGGUGAGAGAGAUCGUCGUGGUGUGGAACAAAGGAACGCCGCCCCGGCCGAGCGACUUCGACUCGGCCGUGCCGGUGCGGGUGAGAGUCGAGAAGCGUAACUCGCUCAACAACCGGUUCAAGGCGGAUCCUCUGAUCGAGACUCGAGCGGUCCUCGAGCUCGACGACGACAUCAUGAUGACUUGCGACGACAUCGAGCGCGGGUUUAGGGUUUGGCGGGCGAAUCCCGACCGGAUCGUCGGUUUCUACCCGCGCCUCGUUGGCGCGGGCCGGUUGAGGUACAGAGGCGAGAAGCACGCCCGGAAGCACGGCAGGUACAACAUGAUCCUUACGGGGGCCGCGUUCCUCGACGGCCGGGCCGCGUUCGAGAGGUAUUGGAGCGAGGAGGCCGAGGCCGGGAGAGCCGUGGUGGAUAGGCUCUUCAACUGUGAGGAUGUGUUGAUGAACUACUUGUACGCGAAUGCGAGCUCGUCGGGGGGCGCCGUCGUCGAGUACGUGAGGCCGGCGUGGGCGAUCGACACGUCGAAAUUCUCCGGCGUGGCGAUUAGCAGGAACACACAAGCUCAUUAUGGAGUUAGGAGCAAGUGUUUGAAGGAGUUUGCUGGUAUGUAUGGUAAUUUAAGUCAUAAAAAGUCUGAGUUUAGCAGAAGGAAGGAUGGUUGGGAUGUAUAGUUGAAAAAUAAUUAGUUUUGGGGUAAAGAUGUGCUGUUCAUGUUGUUUGAAUUUGUUUGUUUUUUUUUUUUUUUCUUUUUUUUUCUUUUUUUUUUUCUUAUUACAGUGUAGAUUAUGUUAAUUGUUUAUAGCCUAUAGCUUGUUGUACAUCAUGUUCUUGUCAGUCAAUUGUAUAUUGGUUUGGAUGAGAGCAAAGCAAGUUACUUUGAUCUCUCUCUCUCUCUCUC